GGGACGAAAUAAAAGAGAUCCCCGCUCAAGAAUGAAGAUUUCAUCUACAACUAACUUGUUGAAAUCUCUGGUUGUUCUGUCCCUCCUCUUCUACUAUGCCACCGCCGAUGAGGUGAGUCCCCACACCGUCAGCCGUUACCGGAGGAACAACCCGAAACAUCGUUCCGAGAACAAUGGCCACGAACCAGGCGCCACCAAGACUAGAGGUUCAAAGGCCAAGAAAGGGUUAUUUGGCGGUAUGGGAUUGGGAUUCUUGUUUGGCAAUGACAGACAACAGACAAUGGAAGGAAGCGAUGAAGAACUGGACACCAGCGACAUUGCCUCCACUGAAUACCGCGGCUCGUGGAAGAUCGACUCUGAAAAUGCUGGAGUUUCUGCCAUGCACGUACAGUUGAUGCCCAAUAACAAGGCUGUUUGGUUCGACUCGACGAGUAAUGGUUUGUCAGAAAUCCAGAACAACCCUCCUUUCUGCAAGCCAAGGUUCGGGGGAAGACAAACAGAUCCUCCACAGGAUUGCACAGCUCAUGGAGUAGAGUAUGACAUUGAGACAGGUCAAGUCAGACCCCUCAAGGUGGGUUCCAGCCCAUGGUGCUCAUCCGGAGGCCUGGGACAAAAAGGAAACCUUGUCUCCACAGGUGGCGAUAAGGAUGGCUUCAAAGCCGUAAGAAAUUUGAAUCUAUGCCCAAACUGUGACUUCGAGGAAAAUCCAAGAGCUCUCUUUGCCAAUAGAUGGUAUGCUACUCAGCAUACCCUGGAAGACGGCAGCUUCAUUGUAGUGGGCGGCCGUAACGCAUUCAACUAUGAAAUCAUCCCCUCAGACAGCCUGCAAUUCACGCCUAGAAUGACAGAGCUUGCCCUCCUGGAAGAUACUACAGAUGAUGGAGGAAGAGAGAACAAUCUCUACCCCUUUGUCAACCUCCUUCCCGAUGGAAACCUCUUCGUUUUCGCCAACUACAAGUCCAUUGUUCUCAACCCUAAUACAGGAGAGACCAUUCGCAAUCUCCCUGAUUUACCUGGCGGCUCACGCAACUAUCCAGCAUCAGGGAUGUCGGCCCUCCUCCCCAUCAACCUCGAUAUUGAUGAAAAUUCUGUCCCUAAAAUCGAAGUGCUCAUUUGUGGAGGCAACACGCAUGAGGCAUACACAUUCUCCGACUUACAGCAGCCAAAGAGAACUUUCCUCCCUGCGUUGAGAGAUUGUGGAAAGCUCAAUCUCAACGAAGAAAACGCUAAGUGGGAAAUAGAACAGAUGCCUUCAAGGCGUGUGAUGGGGGACAUGCUGCUUCUACCCACUGGAGAUGUGCUAAUGAUCAAUGGAGCACAGGCGGGUACUUCAGCCUGGAAUUCUGCUGACAUUCCCAAUCUCACUCCGGUUCUCUACAGCCCCAACAAAAAGAGAGGUGAAAGGUUCCAGGAGUUGAACCCAACCACCAUUCCCAGGAUGUACCACUCAGUUUCCGUAGUUCUGCCCAAUGGGCAAAUUCUGGUGGCAGGCAGCAACACUAACGCCUUCUACAUGUUGGAAAAAUACAAUGAUGAUUUUCGGUUUCCUACUGAACUUAGGGUUGAGAAAUUUUCCCCUCCAUACUUGGAUCCGGCAUUGGAGAAGUACCGCCUUGAGAUAUUGGAAGAAGAAUCAGACAAGCAGUUGAAGUAUGGAGGUGAAUUCAAUGUGGCGAUUGGACAGACCGAAGAAAAUGUUAAGCAGUCGAAUAUCAAGGUCACGAUGUACUCCCCGCCCUUCACUACGCAUGGAUACUCUAUGAACCAGAGAUUGCUCGUUUUGAAGAUGAAGGAAGUAGCGAAAGGGCAUAUUUCAGUGGUGGCUCCACCAUCCGGGACGCUGGCACCGCCUGGCCAUUAUCUUCUGUUUGUUGUUCACCAUGGUGUUCCAAGCCACGGGAUGUGGGUGCACAUUGCUCAGUAGAAAAUCACUUGUUACAUUUUGGGGGAGGUACAUGAUUUUAAUAAUAGGAGAGGAUAGAAAGUUACCUUAAUGUGAUAUGUAUCACAUGUGGUUGAUCAAUAUAUAUUGUGACCCUCUUUAUUAAACCUGUCUUAUUAGCUAUCAUGUAUCUUAAAAUUAAUUUUAUUGUGUAGUUAAUUAUUUACUUCAUUUCA